AUGUGGCGGGGGGCCGCCACGAGGGUGCCUCGGGGCGCCUGCCUGGGGCACUGCGGGGGGGUCCCCACCAAAUACUGCCACAGGAGGGGGGUAGCGGCCGUGUCAGCCAACCCCGCGGCUGGCUUGAUGGAUCAGCCCGCGAGGAUAGCGGUUUGGGGGCUGGCGCCUUCGCAGGAAGUGACCCUAAGGGCGCUGGCGGUGGAUGGCCGGGGCAGGUUCUUCGAUUCCUGCGCCCACUAUCAAGCGGAUCCUCAGGGAAAGGUCGAUCUGUCCAGAGAGCCGUCUCAGGGAGGAGACUACACUGGAGUGGAGCCCAUGGGGCUGUUGUGGAGCCUCUCCCCUGCUGCGAUGGAGAAACCUUACCGCAGGCUGGAGCCCGGACCGGUGAAAACCCCCAUAAGGGUGGAGUUAUCCGUGCACCAGGGGUACAGCCCGCCUGCUACCCUGCCUGGCCGCAUACUUGCCAGAACAACCAUGGAAAGGUGGUUGACGCUUUCCGAAGUGCGAAGGAUUAGGUUGAAGGAAGGAGCAGUAAGAGGCAGCUUGUUCCUCCCCCCGGGGAAUGGCCCCUUUCCAGGAGUGAUAGAUAUGUUUGAUGAUGAAGGUGGGUUAGUUGAAUUCCGGUCAAGCCUCCUGGCUACCCAUGGCUUUGCUGCUCUUUCCCUCCCAUAUUUUAAUUUUGAGGAUCUCCCAAAGGUCAUGGAGGAUUUUCACCUUGAGUACUUUCAAGAGGCAGCUAGGUUUCUGCUGCACCAUCCAAAGGUUAAAGGGCCAGGAGUUGGUGUUGUUGGAACAGGGAAAGGAGCAGAAUUGGCAUGUUCCAUGAUGACCUUCCUGCCGGAAGUAGUGGCUGCUGUCUGCAUUUCUGGCUGCAGCUCCAUCACAGCUAGUUCUCUCCAUUAUGGCAAGCUGACUCUGCCUGGACUCUGCUUUAACAUGAGUAAAAUCAGAAUUUCCGAAGAUGGUGUGUUUGAUAUUUACGAGGCACUGGAUGAUCCAAAGGACCCGGCUAAUUCACACUGCCGUAUCCCCAUAGAAAAAGCAGAAGGUCACUUCCUUUUUGUGGUAGGGGAGGAUGAUCGCCAUUGGAAGAGCUCUUUAUAUGCUGAGAUAGCCAUUGAGUCCCUACGCCAGCAUGGAAAGGACAAUUUUACCCUCUUGAGUUACCCAGGAGCUGGUCAUCGAAUUAAUCCAGCCUUUUCUCCAGUUUGCCCUAUAGCAUUAGACCUGGUUCUAGGAGUACCUAUUCUGGGUGGUGGACAGAGCAAAGCUCACGCUUAUGCCCAAGAACACUCUUGGGGGAAGAUUCUGGAGUUUCUGCGCUUUCACUUGAGAUGA